AUGUGGCUGUUGUCUGCUAUCUUAAUCGUAGCUACUUUCAAUGCAGUAAUUGGUUGUAAACAUUCGCAUUCUGCAGCUCUCUCUCAAAUUCAAUCUGUUGGCAUUGGAAUUUCAUCAUCAGGUGGUUGCAGUAAUUGUAAUAAUCCAAAAUGUACAUCAGUUGAUCAAGUGAAUUGCAAUGCAAUUCGUUGUUUGAGAACACUGAAAACAUCUUCAGGUUGUCCUAUCACAGUUACUGGAGGCACAGAAACUGGUCAUGCUAGUGGAACACAUUCACAUUGGAAUGGAUAUAAAAUUGAUAUUUCACUCAAUUCAUGUAUCGAUUCAUAUAUUACAAAACAAUUUGCUUACUUUGGUAAACGAGGUGAUGGUGCUACUCAAUAUAAAGCAUCAAGUGGCAAUGUUUAUGCUAAAGAAGGCAAUCAUUGGGAUAUUACAUUCACUGCUCAAUUUAUAACUAUUGUUAACAGUUCUCACUUUUUGGGUGGCACUAUCAAUUGGUGUAUAGAGAAUUCGUCAACUAAUAGUACAUGGGUAGCUAUACUUAUUACUCAAACAUAUUCUUGGACAUAUACUCCUGGAAAAUAUGAUCAUGGUGAAAUUGCUGCACAUCAAGUAGUAGCUGGUACAGGAGAAAUACUAACUUGUUCACCUAGUUGUCCAACUGGUUUUGGAAGUGUGUCUACUACAUCUUAUUGUACUGAUGUUUCCUCACUCAAUGGAAUCGCAGUUGGACAACGUUCAGAUGUAGUUGUAAUACCAGAAGGCAGUGAUUUUUCAGUGAUUUAUGCAAGUAGUGCAUGGGGUAGUCUAACGUUAGGCGGAGCUGGUUGGUCUAUUUCAUCGCAUAUUAAGCUAAACAAAACGACACUGAUUACUACCUCAGUCAGCGAUGCUGAUGGAGAUAUUGUUCGAUGUCGUUGGGCUACUAGUUCGAAUGGUGUUGAUGAAUGUGGUUCCGUAUGUCCACCACAUUCAUUACCAGCCAAUACAGUGAUUUAUUCAAACUGUACUAUUGAAGUUAUUGGUACAAUUGCUGGUAGUCGAUAUGCUAUAGCAAUUAUGGUCACAGAGGAUUUCAUCAAUUCAACUAGUACAACACCAUUAAGUUCAGUACCUGUUCAAUUUCUUCUUGAAGUCGUUACUCCAUCAUCAUGUUCUAUUCUACCUGAAGUGUCGCUUACUGGAAAAUCAUGUACACCAAUUAAGGUUAAUGAAACAUUUACAUCCCAAUUACUUGGUAUAAAUCAUUGUGGAGAAAAUGUUACUAUUAUUGACAUAUCUACAUUGUCUUUUUCUGGAAUGAUUCAAGAAUCUCUUGCCAAAUUAAGUUCUCUCAUUUAUUAUAAAAAUAUAACUUGGACACCAACUAUUUAUCAACUUGGCUAUCAAGUUAUGUGUGCAAUGGGUUUGAACAGUCAACAUGUACAAUCAUUGCAACAUUGUUUCACGUUUUAUGUAACAGAAAAUGGUACGGAUACAUGUCCUGGAGUUAUAGACCAUAGCACAACGACGAUCUCAUCAAUAUCAACAUCAACAACAUUAAUGACAACGACAAACACAUCAACAUCAACCCAAAUACUAACAUCUAGUUGUAUCAAUUGGUUAUUGGUUGCAAGUCUUGCUGCUUUGGCUCUUUGGACUACGGCCUAAACAACUAAACCAAAUAUUCAUAUUAUUGUUCAUAUUCAUGGUGGUGGUUGGGUUCGUGGUAGUCAUACAAACAAAUGGCAUGGUAGUUUAACAAUAGGUCGAACAUGUGCUCGUGAAGGUUUUGUUAGUAUUAUUGUAUCUUAUCGUUUAGCACAUGCUGAUCCAAAUCAAAUAUUUCUCUCUGGCUAUUCAGCUGGUGCACAUUUAAUUAGUUUACUUGUUCUUGAUAAAUCUCAUUUACAUCGUCAUGAAUUUCCUCUAUCAAUAAUAUGUGAUGUUAUAACUAUAAGUGGAAUUUAUAGUCUAGCAAAUUCAACACAUGAUUAA